UUGAACUAAUGGGUACCCGCUGUAAGGAGAGUUUAUACUACACUCCUACAUAUUUCAAGGUCCGGAUCCGGCAAGGCAACAAAAACUGUAUCUUGCUUAGAAUCCAGUUCUUUCUUAUUUAAAUUACGUGACUUCAAAAUCGUUACAACAGCAGCGACAAUGAGGAGUGUGGUUUGCGGGUUUUCCCGUCCACUGCGUAUUUGCGGUCUUUAUUGGUUGUUUGUUGUAUAAACAGCUUUCAGAAUGUAAUUACCUUACGGAGCCGCCAUAAAAAAAACAUACAAAAAAAGGAGGUAUCGUCUUUAUCAGCUUUUAUACGCAAUGUCCACUGCGUAUUUGCGGUCUUUAUUGGUCGUUUUUUUACAUAAACAGCUUUCAGAAUGUAAUUAGAGUUCAGCCUCUAAAACCCUAACUUAGUAACACUCAAACUAUUGUGAGCACACGUUUCACACGUUUUAUUUCAAUACGCGUACUACUCCAAGAACAAUGUCAAGGAUAACUUGAAUUCUUCUUUAUGGUGAGUAGAUAGAGAUAUUGCCAUUCAAAACCGAUCAAAUUAGCACAGUGCAGCUUUGUUUUCGCUUUAUUUCGAGCAUUUACUUGGAAGAGAGAUAACCCGUCGAAGAACGAUCUGAUUACGCUUGUGUUCAACAAAUCAGUGGAUCACAUGUUUAACUUGAUUAAAUUAGCAAAAUGACAUUGCUGAACACACCUACUGUUUAACUUCGCAUUCAUGUGGGACAAUGCCAAACUUGCAGGCCAUAACCAAGGAUUAAAAAAAUCAAUAUCGAUGUUUACUUUUCUGACAUGCCUGUCAAAUCACUUAAUUCCGAGCACGUUUAGUGUUGCGCGUCGGGUCGAGAGUUCAGAAGACUUUUCUGUUGCUUAUUUCAUCCCAAGCAUACCGAUUUCUCGCAAACAGUGACUACGCGAGUGGCUUACACAAACAAAGGUAAUGUUAUGCUCUUUCUUACGCGACUUUAGGUGGCUCAGGAUCUCUAUUGAGUCGAUAAGCAGCACCUUAAUAAUUCUAGAAACAAAUCAAAGGAAACGCCGCCAACGUGCAAGAGGCAAGGUCAGUUGACGUUGACUCAAGCUUCGGUGGUCUUGCACGAGCUGUGCGUCCCCUCAGCAAAUUGCGAGUGCGCUUGUCAUCGAAUGUAUUCUACGAGACAAUUUUGUGUUAAGCUUAAUUACGCCUCUAUUGGCUCUAUAUAUCUCCUCCGUGAGCUGUUUAAAGCACUUUUACUUGUUAUGAUUAGAUUCUAAAUCUGUUGGAUCUCUAAGCUUAUAAUUUCGAGGUCAACGAACUGCCUAGCCAACGAGAAAUAAAACACUAAAUUCAAUUCGUUGAAUGGGAACCGAGGAUAUCGUAGAGAUAUUUUGAAAUAGAUUCUUGUGCUCCGAUGAACUUUUGGGGUAGAAAGUAAUUAGAGAAGAAUUUGGAUCAAUUUUUACUGAAAUUCAGCUUAUCUUAUUAGAAAGAAAGCAAGCUUAUGGAAUAGAUAUCCAACAUUCUUGAGAUAAUUGAACUUCCUCUCAGCUGUUUGGCGUCACCGCACGUGAGAGAGAAAACCGCCACGCGGUGUUUACUUCUGUAAUUAUGCCCGCCCCAUUUCAUCUUAUGCAACGCAACCAGCCAAAUGAAUUUUUUCGUGCGAAGGUCAUAAGUCGGGAAGAAACUUUGAAUAUUACUGUGCUUUACUUCUAUAGAGGCCGACAAACUCGUGAUCACGCAAAUCUGUGAUAGAGUAAUUGUUUUGAUUAUUUUAAACUAAUCUAAACAUCUAUCAUCCACUGGUAGAAGCCCCUUCUAUUUUCUAAUAAAUUCUGCAAUCUGAUUGGCUUCGCAACUCGAUAGCUAUACCAUGAUGGAUAUAACCACAUUGUGUGUGGUUGUAAGCAAAAUAAAACAAAAACAGGAGCCUGUCUUGUAGUUUUAAAAGUUUUGAACUACUAGUACAUUAUGUUUAAAACCCUCUAAUUAGAUCAUUCGCUUUCGAUUUCUAUGGGUGAUAAGAUUCAGGCCUUGUCCUUAUCAACUACCGAUAGGAAUCUCGAGGUCAUAUCCAAAUUAUUGAUCGGAAUUAUUAUUAUUAUUUUUUUUAAUCCUUACGCUAUGCUACCUCAAAUAUUAUUUACAAACAAGUGGUCAUAUAUGUUUUUCCACAAUUUCCUUGACAGUCGGUGACUACAUUUGGCUGAGAGUUGGCAGCAACAUAAAUGCCAAACGGAGCGGAUCGGGGAAUUUUCAAUUAUCAAAAAACAAUUUUUUUCACGCUUAAACCUGAACAAGCUGAGAAAUACUGCUAGAAAUUGAUGUUAAAUACUUCAUACUGUGCUAAAGCAUGCGAUCCUGUCGUUGCAAGAAUUUUUGGUGAUAGCCAAGUAGCUGAAAAACAUACGUCUGAUCUGAUGGGAAGGAGGUUCCGGGAUCCCUGGGUCCACCGCCUAGAUCCACCACUUAUACCGUUUCCUAAAACUGGACAAAGGUAUACUAAGUUUCCAGUAAAUUAUAUUUUCUUAUCAGUGAAUCGAUUUUUUUUUAAUAAACAGGUUUACGAUGAGACCUGCAUUACUGCUCCUGGUAUUUAUCGGCAACUUCGGUAUGUUAACGAACUUUAUUAUUUACAAUUGUGUUUCUCUUUUUCCACAAAUUUUUUUUCCUUUGUUUAUUUUCAUUUGUUUAUGUCGUAUCAGGGAACGAAACAGGAGCAAUUAGGUCAAAACUAUUGUUAGAGUCAUAUACAGAAAUGAUUUCGUUGCUAGAGCUGCUGUUAUUGUUCUUUGGAGAACGUCCCCUUUCCUUAAGUGAUCUCCAAAAUUCACAAAAUGUUUUAGCAGUAUUUCAUUCUCACAGGCACUAUUCGACCACAUCAAGUACAACUUUGUCUCACACACAAAGCGUAAUUUUACUAGAUCCUAUUCUUUUAUUAGCUAUGGUCUUAAUUUGGUCACACAGGAAUUUCCGGUCAUUGUCGAUCCUUAUCUAUUGGUUCAGCUUACAUUUAUGUCAAAAUCACCACGCCCUAUUUGUCACGCAACAUGAUAACAAACCGUUUCCGUCAGUCGUUGCUGUUAUUGGUGGUGGUUAACUGAUGAUGCAAGUGUUAUUGUCAUAACAUCUUCUUAAUUUCUUCCUUUUUUCUGCAGAGUGUUUUUCGGCGGAAGAAGAUCCCAGUAUUUUUAUCCAGGUGAAAUGGGAAAUGUUAUGGACACGACUAUGUGAUCUUCUCCCAAUUUUUGCAAAAAAACUUUCCGGUGAACUUUACGAAUUUAAAGGACUCACGCUGCAAAAAGUCAGUGAAAAAAGUAUUCGUUUCAUGAACGAGGAAACCUACUGUAGUGGUGGCAGAAGCACUGAAAAGGCUAUACUGUACUUUUUCAUCUCGAAGAGUGAAAAAGAUCUUAGUUAUUCAGACGUGGAUAGGAAUCGUACGAUUCUUGCUUACAAGACACUUUAUGACUAUUGGAAGAACGACAAAAUGCAUUUGCUGGACCCUGUCUUUCUUGGAGAGGUAAUUUAUACUUAGAUUACGAUCCAUCGGGUUUAAAAGGCCGCAGAAAAAAGGUUGCUAUCGUCACAUGUGAUCACAGACUUCCUUGCCAUAUUUUGCUUGAAGCUCGUUACUAGUAGUAGAGAACAUCUAAUGGGUGUGUAUAGAAGGUGGUGGAACUGGCGAAAUGAGAUAUAAUUUAAUAUUUUUCCCUGCCACGCAUUACGUCCGCUUUCAGCAAGUUAACCACGACUUAUAGGGACUAGUUUUGCGUAUAUGGCCUUGUGACUAAUAGACAAAAAAAAUUCCUCUUUUUUCUAAACCAACCGGAUCAAAAAAUUAACCUAUUCUCUAUCUAGUCAUUUGCACGUUCUCGCGUUUUUCUUGAUUAUCCUAAGGAUCAUGUUGGCUUAACUCAAGAGCUCUUCCACUUGACUGAGUCAUCCUGUUUUGUAAUAAUAUUACAGGUUAGCAAAGUUGAACUUAUGGGAAAAGACAAGCCUGACAUCCCGGAGCAGAUGUCCGAGAACAGAAAAAUAGGGAUUGCUAUUGUUAUUGCUCUGAUAAUCGUAUUCAGCAUCGCUCUACUUUCCUGCUUAGUGGUAUGUAUGUAUCAGAUGUAUGCAAUUCAAUCUGCUCCCUGAUUUAAGCUGUUCUAGGAGUGAUUUUAACUUAGCAUUUAGAAACACUGAAUGCAACGACAGUUACCACUAGCGCCUUUGUUUGGAAGCUUGGCAUUUCAACUCCGCCCACGUUCCUUUAAAUUGUGAUCAAGGCGGCUUACUUCCUGACGCCUAUUUACACCUCGUCAAAAAAUAGGCAGCUAAUUAGCGAGCGUAUAAAGGGACCUCUUGAUGCAGCGUUUAAAUCACCCCUGAUGAAGGCACUAAACAGGAGUGUCGAAAUGUUGGGUCUAUGAAUUGUAACUUCUCGGUUACAUUUAUUAAAUCUUUCAACCAGAGUAGCAUCAAACCAUGUCUAAGUAAAACGUUAUUACGAGUUGCGAUUCUGACUUGAAAACUUGACACUGUUCGUGUUCUAAUGAGAGUUUUGAUUGGAUUUUCCCAAAUUUUCUUCUCUCCCCUUCUUGUUCUUUUUCAUUUCCUUUUUCGUAAAUCUUGUACGGUUACUUCGAAUCGUUAUGUAUUUCUACCAUUUUUAUAAAUAAUAAAGGAUUGCACAACAAUAAAUUGAACUUAUUUCUGAAUAUGAUAAUUUAGUAUUAUCAACUGAAUUACGUAAAUUGGCCACCGUAAAACAAUUUCAAAGCUGGCGUUUCAAGGGUAAGCCCUUCAUUUGCUCUGACGAAGAGCUAACGCUCGAAACGUGAGUAUUAAUACUCUUUACAGUGGCCAAUUAACGUUAUCAACUCAGUUGAUAAUACUAAACUACCCUGUUGUACUCUUUCCUCCGACGCAACACCAUAAUUUUCUUAGAAAUUUACCCCCUUUAUUAUUUCUGAUUAGUCAUUUAAACGAAAAGGGAGACGAAAAACAUGGACACCUGACCAUGGCGUCCCAAUUGAAGAGUUGCACGAGCCUAAGAUAUUUAUAGACGAGGGCCAGUCACCGGUCCAUUACUCGCCCAGGGAACAUUACGAACAAGAAGACGGUCAGCCAAGGGUCUAUCAAUCACCCAGGGAAGACUACGAGCAUGACGAUUAUCUGUCACCGCAAGAAAAAGUCGGUUAUGACGGGUAUCCUGUGCAGCACCACAGGCACUACGACAAUGACUCAUUCGUAAGUAAAGCUGUAACCUCAUUGUAUGCGCUGCUUGUGGCCAUCUCUUGAAAAGAAAUCCUAAGGGCACAUUUGAUUAUUUAUUUGUCAUCUGAAAUAGUCAAUCAGAAUUUAAGGUAUCCUUCCUGAAAGCUGGACUUCCAUAUCGUGAAAAAUAAAGUUUGUUGACGAAAUUAUGGAAACAGAAGAUGAUCGAGUUACGAACUAACGGACGGACAGACUGACUGACUAACAUACUCAUCAAUUCACUGACUCACUUACUAACUCACACGCUAAAUCAUCGAUUAACUCAUUGAAUAACACCCUUACUGACAGACAAACUGACUAACCGUGUGACUUGCCACCCUGCUGACUCUUUCACUUACUGACUGACCGAGUCAUUGACGGACUGACCAAAUGAAUGACUGAUCAUCACCAAUAGACCGACUGACCGACUGACCGACUGACCGACCGACUUACUGACUGACUGGCUCCUGACUAUACCACAACUAGACUGACUUGCUGACUGGCUGCAUAACUCCUUUACUCCUUGUACAAUAUACUGUCCCUAUAACAACGUAGUCGGAUCUCAAAUUUACCGCCCAAUUAUUGCUCACGUGCUCUUUGUGCUUAUAAAAUAGGAAUCGCCUAUGCUGUGAGAGAAGGGAAUGGAUCCUGUUUUCCAUGAGAAAACUGUUACUCAACGACUGCUAGCUAUAGCCUAAUACUUGCCAGGUCUCGUGAUCAAGCGAUAUUUUGUUGUAGGCACUAAUACGUGUUACUUAGGAUGUGAUGGAACCAGAAAUUACUGACAUAACUGAUGUACAAUGUAAACAGAUUAGUGGAGGAUAUCUCUGAGUUUGAAGAAAAGAACAUAAAAAAUUAAAGGCACUGACAUUGAUUAAUAUGUUAUGAUUCAGUGGUGUUGAUUAUCGACGUUGUCCGCGGUCAAAUUACAAUGAAAUCCAUAAUAUACUCUAAAUUUUUAUCUUUCUGCUUGAAACUGUCAUGUGCACGGGAAACACGCUCUGUGUUUUGACACUGAAUUUCUUUGUUCGAACUUAAAAUCCAGAUAGAUAAAUAAAUGAAAAAGGAAAUACUUUUAAUAAGAAAUAGGCUUGUUGUGCUUAAAAGAAUCAUGAAAUUCUAGAUCUAUUAACCCUGGACUGGAGAACAAUGCAAGGCGGACUGGAUUGGAUAAUUGGCCAAUAACAUUAAUUUAUAAUUAACCGUUAAUAAUUAACCGAUAAUUUACCGUUGAGGGACCAGUCCCAUUUAUCACCGGAGGGCGGGACGAAGUCGGUUGAUUUUGGGGAAUCGCGUAGUUUUCAAGAGAUACGAGGUGGGGGGGGAGGAAAUCAGUCAUUGCUAACAGAGUAAAG